AUGCCUCAGAAUAUCAACCAGCCGUCAAACCAAAUAAGGCUCACCAAUGUAUCGCUUGUGCGCAUGAAAAAGGGCAAAAAGCGCUUCGAGGUCGCCUGUUACAAGAACAAAGUCCUCGAAUGGCGCUCCGGCACCGAGAAGGAUCUCGACAACGUGCUCCAGAUCCCCAACGUCUUCCUCAACGUCAGCAAAGGCCAGGUCGCGUCCAAGGAAGACCUCGCAAAAUCAUUCGGCAAAGACACCUCACGCGAUGACAUCAUACUCGAGAUUCUGAAGAAGGGCGACAUCCAGGUUGGCGAGAAGGAGCGGGAAGCACAGUUGGAACAGAUCCACAAUGAAGUGGUUGAUAUUGUGGCUGGGAAGCUAGUGGACCCUACGAGCAAGAGAGUGUACACAGCAGGCAUGAUCGAGAAGGCGCUUGACCAGCUGAGCUCGCAAGGAGCGAAUGCGCAUGGGACGCCGAGUGCCAGUGGAACAGCGACUCCGACAAAUGGCGAAGCCGAAGGCGGAAAAAUGCGGGAGCUACCGAGGUGGACUGGUGUAGUCACGAACAAGUCAGCGAAAUCGCAAGCGCUAGACGCUAUGAAGGCGCUGAUUGCACAUCAACCGAUACCGGUGUCGAGAGCGCGGAUGCGGCUACGCAUCACGUGUCCGACAGGCGUACUCAAGCAGGCAGUCAAGGCCGCACCGAAGAGCAGCGCAGCUGAAGAUGGCGAGGACCAAGCGAAGGGUACUGUAAAGGACAGAAUACUGAGCUAUGUGGAGCAGGUCGAGACACAGGAUGUGCUUGGCGAGGAGUGGGAAGUCGUUGGCUUCGUGGAGCCUGGCGCUUUCAAGACGCUUACGGAGUUUAUCGGAACACAAACCAAAGGGAGAGCAAGAGCGGAAGUGCUGGACAUGGCGGUCAUUCACGAAGGGGAUUGA